AUGGAAAGAGGCCGGGAGGCAAAACCCAUAACCAAGCAAAAUGAUGGGCCUGAGGAUAACCUUACUGCAUUUAGUGCACGAGAGGCCGCCGAUAUGAAAAAGAUGAUUGAGCGGGUCCUACAACAGAAUAAGUUAUUACCUACCUCGGAGGAACAAUCCAGAGGAAAGUUACCAUUCGUGGUCGAGGUAAUGGAGAAACCUUUGCCGAGGAAGUUCAAGAUGCCUCAAAUAAAUCCUUAUUCAGGAAAGAACGACCCGUACGAUCACGUGCAAAAUUAUGAAUCUUUAAUGAUGCUUCAUGGAUGGGACGACGAGAUAAUGUGCAGGGCAUUUCCUUUAACCCUAACUGGGCAUGCUCGAGCCUGGUUUAACGGCUUACCCGAGGCAUCUAUCUCCUCAUUCGGGCAGCUAAAAACAGAAUUUAUCAAAGCAUUCAUUAUUAACAGUCAGAGAAAGAAGGAUGCGACAUAUCUGCUUAGCAUUCGACAAGGGAAUAAAGAGACCCUAAGGCACUACGUGGACAGAUUUCGAAAUGCCACACUUGAGAUCUGUAAUUUACCGAUUGAAAUGGCGGUGUCUGCCAUGUUCCAAGGGACACGACUAACCCCUUUGCAAGAAUCAUUAUCCCUAGACCCUCCGAAAUCUCUGGCAGACCUGUUCGUCCGGGCUAACAGGUACAUACUCCAUGCGGAAAUGAUGAGAACGAUAGGGGGAAGUGAAGACGGAGAAAGAAAGAGGAAAGAACGAGAUAUUGAAGAAGGAUCAAACCAGCGAAAAGAACGGACCAGGAGGUCGGAUACCCUGGGGCCACAAUUUCAUCAUUACACUAGGCUCAAUCAACCCCGAUCAGCUAUAUUGGCGACAGUAGAGGGGUCUGGUCUCCUCCAGCUUCCGAAAAAGGCAGAUCGCCCCAUGGGGAGAAAUCAAGAAGAGUACUGCAGGUAUCACCGAACUCGGGGACACUCUACCGAUCAGUGUAGGGAGCUAAAAAAUCAGAUAGAAGCACUCAUUCGUGAAGGGCACUUGCAAAGAUACGUAAGGACUGAAGGUAGAAAUGACAGAGACCGUCAAAGAAGGGAAGAAAGGCCCGAAGGUCAAGAUAGACAAAAUUUACGGCAGAAUGAAGGGAUAAGGGAUGACAGAAUGGUGGCCCCCCCUGACAAUGAGCCGACUCAUCAAGCUAUUCAUGUUAUAUCUGGGGGCGAGACCUUAGCUGGGAAUACUUCUUCUUCUCGAAAGGCCUAUGCCCGUCAGGCCUACCAAGUCAACUCUGUGAUGGAGGUGAGAGAGGACGAGGAGCCAAUCACGUUCACCCCUGCUGAUAGAGGUGAUAUAAUGCUUCCACAUGAUGAUCCAAUGGUAAUUUUUGCAGUUAUCGCCAAACACCCCAUCAGUAGAAUUUUGGUGGAUAGCGGCAGCUCUGUUAAUCUAAUCUAUUGGAAUUGUUUCGAACAAAUGAACAUAUCCCAAGACCGGUUGAGAAAAGUGUCCUCUCCCCUGUACAGCUUCACUGGAGAACCUGUCUCGGUAGCAGGAUCUGUUCAACUACCUGUCACAUUAGGCGCCGACCCACAAAGUGUGACUCGACAGGCGAAUUUCAUGGUGGUCAAAGCCCCUUCUGCAGCAUACAACAUGAUUUUAGGCCGACCGCUCCUCAAUGAUAUGAGGGCUGUAGUGUCCUCUUGCUACUUAUUAAUGAAAUUCCCCACACUCUCAGGAGUAGGGCAAGUUCGUGGAGAUCAGAGGAAGGCUAGAUCCUGUUAUGUAUCGUCCACAAAAGGAAAAAAGGCAGAAGAGACUUUAUCUAUCGCUGAGAAAGCCAUACACAAAUCCCUGGAAGAAGAGACUGCUCGCAAGCCCCAACCAGUGGAAGAGUUAGAAGCAGUGCGAUUAAGUGACACAGAUCCCGAGAAGUUAGUGUAUGUGGGCAUGAAGCUUCCGAAACCAGUAAAAGAUGAAAUCAUGGGGUGCCUUAGAGAAAAUUUGGAUGUCUUUGCUUGGACACCAAGGGAUAUGCCAGGGAUUAGUCCCGACGUGAUAUGUCACCAUUUGAACGUGGAUCCUCAGUUCAAGCCUGUUCGACAAAAAAAAAGGAAUAUCGCCCCUGAUAGGCUACCGGCGUUAGAAGAAGAAAUUGAUAAGCUACUAAAGGCAGGUUUCAUUCGAGAGGUGUUAUAUCCAGAGUGGUUGGCCAAUGUGGUUAUGAUUAAAAAACCCAACGGAAAAUGGCGCGUGUGUAUAGACUUCACUGGCCUCAACAAGGCGUGUCCUAAAGAUUCCUACCCAUUACCUCGGAUUGAUCGUCUGGUGGAUGAAACAUCUGGGUAUCAUCUAAUGAGCUUCUUAGAUGCUUUCUCAGGGUAUCAUCAGAUAAUGAUGUAUCCUCCAGAUCAGGAAAAAACAUCAUUCAUUACAGAAAAAGGGACAUAUUCAUAUGUCGAUGAUAUGAUCGUGAAAAGUCGGGAGAAGGAAUCGCAUGUUAAAAAGCUGGCACGAGUGCUUGAAGUCUUUAGGCAAUACAAAAUGCGCCUAAACCCAGCAAAAUGUGCAUUUGGCGUUCAGUCUGGAAAAUUCUUAGGAUAUAUGAUCACACAAAGGGGCAUCGAGGCGAACGCCGAAAAGAUACAAGCGAUACUAGAUAUGGAACCCCCAACAUCAAUUAAGGAAGUGCAGCGGCUGACAGGUCGAAUGGCGGCUCUUGGGCGUUUCCUCUCCAAAUCGGCCGAAAGGGAACUCCCGUUUCUUCAGACGUUAAGGACAGGAAAAAAGUUUGAGUGGACGGAGCAAUGCCAAAAGUCAUUUGAGGCAUUAAAAGAGUACUUGAAGGAAGUCCCUUUAUUGACUCGACCUGAAACUGGGGAAAUGUUAUAUUUGUACUUGGGUGUAAGUGACAAAGCAGUAAGUGCAGUACUGAUUAAAAAAGAAGGGCAGGUGGAUCGACCAGUGUACUACGUCAGUAAGGUUCUACAAGGGCCGGAAACGCGUUAUCCCUUCACAGAAAAGGUGGCACUGGCCCUAUUGAACGCCUCCAGAAAGUUGAGGCCAUAUUUCCAAGCUCACUCCAUUAGCGUACUAACAGACCAACCAUUACGGAGCAUUUUACAAAAGCCUGAGUGUUCCGGUCGUCUCACCAAAUGGUCCAUUGAGUUGAGUGAAUAUGACAUACAAUAUCAUCCUAGGCAGGCUAUAAAAGGGCAAGCAUUGGCAGACUUUAUUGUCGAAUGUACACCCUCCAAGGAGGCCAAGGAAAAGAGCAUAACAGAGUGGUUACUGUUUGUUGAUGGGGCUGCCAGUUCCCAAGGGAGUGGAGCGGGAAUAGUGCUUAUCCCACCAGAAGGAGAAUCCCUUGAAUACUCUCUAAGAUUCGCUUUUCCAAGUUCGAAUAAUGUGGCCGAGUAUGAGGCACUAAUCGCUGGUUUGAGGUUAGCCCGAAAACUUGAGGUAGCACAAUUGAUAGCCCACAGUGAUUCUCAACUGAUCGUUCAGCAAUACUACGGGCAGUACGAGACUAGAGAGCCGGCCAUGGGACAGUAUCUCCAGAAAGUCAAGGCACUCGCACAGUUGUUCGAAAGUUUCCGGCUAGUACAGAUCAACAGAUCCCUUAAUGGCCAUGCAGACGCUUUAUCCAAAUUAGCAUCCACUAAAGAAACUACUGGGAGAACAGUAUAUGUGGAAGUCCUUCAACAACCAAGUAUCGAAGAAUCUGAAGUAGCAUGUAUUGAGAAUAGUAACGACUGGAGAACCCCUUUCUACAAAUAUUUGACCACGGGAGAAUUACCGGCAGACCCAAGAGAGGCUAAGAAAAUUAAGUUUAGAGGAGCUCGUUUCACAAUAAUAGAUGGGAUGCUAUACAAGCGAGCGCACACUAUGCCACUCCUCAAAUGCUUAGGCCCUCGAGAAACCAAUUAUGCUUUGACUGAGGUUCACAGUGGAGUAUGCGGUGAGCAUCUGGGAGGAAGGGCCCUUGCGGCCAAAAUCCUAAGAGCAGGCUUUUUCUGGCCCACAUUACAACAUGAUGCUCAAGCAAAGGUCAAAGAGUGUGAUAAAUGUCAGAGGCACGCCCCGAUUCAUUCUGCUCCGAUAUCGUAA